AUGGCAGAAACACUGAAUGUUCCCAAGUCAGUUGAUACCGUCAUCGUUGGAAAUGGACCCUCGGCCAUGAUACUGUCAUAUAUCCUCCACGGCCAUAUUCCAUUUUACAACCCGGAGAAGCCCCAUCCGGAUCCGUUACUCCAUUCAAAGCUAAAGCACAACCCGCAGCUGCUCCACCUAGACAUUGACCAUUUGACAAGCCAUUUCGGUGCAUCUCGAUUCCCGUAUUCCACCCAAGCUCUUCCAGUCAACGCUCUUCUUGAUGCUUUGAUUCGUCCAAAUGGAGACGACGAUGAUGGAACAGAAUCGAGCGUCCAGUGGCGCUAUAUGCCAGAAAUGGCCGCUUCGCAUCUUGUUCUUGGGCAUGCAAAUCAGCCGGGAGGCCAAUGGGCGGAGUGCCCCGAAGGGACAACCCCAAACAUCCAAACAUUGAGUUACGCUGGUAUGCUCUCACUCCCUGGAUACAGUUUCGCUGAGCACCAUCGACAUGUCCACGACUCUCCUUUGCCGCCGUACACAAGACCAUCAAGAGAAGCGUUGGCGGAAUAUCUCGCAGCUUAUCCCACAUCUGUUGGGAUAUCCAAAUCAAUUCUAUGCAACCAGGAGGUCAGCAGGGUUGAUCGCACUGAGAAUGGUUUCUAUAUCGGCUCACAUAAUAUAACCUGCAAGAAGCUGAUCUUGGCAUCGGGGGUUUUCACCGAACGUAUUCCUCCGAGACCUCUGUUGUUGCCAUUGUUAAAAUUACCACCGCUGACAUCGACGCAACCGCGACGUGCCCCUCUCUUAGUCAUUGGGUCUGGAUUUUCCGCAGCCGAUGUCAUUAUUUCUUCUCAUCCAGACCAACAGAUAAUCCACAUUUUCAAAUGGGAACUUGAAACCAAUCCGUCGCCUCUGAAGAGUUGCCACCAGCAAGAAUACCCCGAAUAUGCUGCUAUUUAUCGUCUUAUGAAACAAGCAUCCGCCCAAUUAACUCAGAAGAACGGGGCAAGGCGCCCAAGGCAGGCACGUGGACUUUCGAACCCCUUCCUCGACAGUAGAAAUUGGCAGGUUAACUACGAAGGUAGUCCCAACGCUGUUAUCACGGAUGUUCUGUUGGACAAUGGAAGCGCCCUAGUCACAUUCCGUCGAGAGGAUGGGAUAACACUUUCUCGCGAAUUGGAAGUUUGA